CCUACAUUCUGGUGAGUGAUUCUUCACCAGUAGAGGCAGCAUCAAUGUGGAUGCGCUGUGGUCUGGAGAACGGUACAGGCCCCAUUCAGUACACAUGGGAGCAGGGGAGUUCCAGUCAGCAGGUCACCACCCUGGCUGAGAGCAACAGCAGUCUGCUCAACAUCACCUGGGUCACCCGCAACCACACUGGCUGGUACAGAUGCCUGGCCCGGAAUGAGGUCAACCAGCAGCGCAGUGAUCAGAUCUGGUUGAAUGUUAUAUUUGGGCCAGACUUGCCUCAGAUUGAUGUAACACCCUACUCAGUAACAGAUCGUGGUUACUCAGCUCUGGAGAAAGAGACUGUUUCCCUCAUGUGUCAAGCUUCCUCAAACCCUCCCAGCCAGUACGUGUGGUUCUACAACAACUCGCAGGUCUACACUGGACCGCAGUACACCAUCACCAAGAUCCUGAGAAUGCACACGGGAAACUACGCUUGUUUGGCCCAGAACACUUACCUCAACACCCGCUCCAGGAAAGCCAUCACUCUUACUGUCUACUAUCCACCAGAUGGCGAACCAUCUUGUUCCAUAUUUCCAGCUAAUAACUACAUUGACCUGGCCCUUACCUGUUCCUGGAAGGGAGGUUAUCCUCCAGCUACUCUCAUUUGGAUCCCAUAUGUGUAUGGGGACAGUAGUCAAGGAGUCACCAACAUCACUCGGAUUCAACCAGGACCUGAGACUGUUAAUAACUCUGUAUUCACUUGUUAUGGUUCUCAUGUUGCCCAAAAUGCUGUCCAACAAUGCAGCACUAAAGCAAGGCUUCCCUAUGGAGAACCCCAGUGUUUUGCAUAUGCAACUCAUAAUAAUGAAUACCUGAUGCUGUCCUGUUCCUGGGAAGGGGGUUUCCCUCUGGCACUGCUGUGGUGGGUCUCCAGCUCAGGGGACAUGCAGGGCACAUCUGAGGAGAACUCCAACAUCCUGGUCCUGCGCUCCAGUGCCAACUACAGUGGCAAAGCCUUUGUGUGUCAUGCCAAGCAUCCACUAGCUAAGGAGAGCAAGCAAUGUGUGGUAAAGUUGGAGGCACCUGUCUUGAUGACUCAGCGCAGUGUGGUUUCAGUAUAUGAGGGUAAUGAUGUUGAGCUUGCCUGUAUCUUGAGCAAAAACUACCCAGCAGUCACAGAGAUUGCCUGGUACAAUAACGUGAAGCAGAAGGUGGGUGACAGUGACAUACCGAAGAAGUACAUCCUGCAGCAAGCUGUAGCCUGGUCCAAUCUGACCGUGCGGGAAACAGACAGUACAGUGGACAGUGGUCAGUACUGGUGCUCUGCUGCCAAUGCUGUUGGAGGAACAGAGGUCUCCAUCAUGCUGCUGGUGAACAGGUACUCGAUGCCUCCAAAUGUAUCCAUCACUAAGAUCAUAUACAGCAGCCAUCAGCGAACAGACGUUUAUAUGGAGUGGCAGAUUCAGACAGACGAUGACCUCACCGGAUUUUUCAUCGAACGGCAAAGUUCUCUUUUCCCUCUGUGGCAGAAAAUUAUAGUAGAUCUGGAGCCCAGCACACGUAGCUUCCUGAUCAACAAUCUGGAUCCCACUGGCAUAUAUUCAUUCCGCAUCACAGCUCUCAAUCACCGCACCGUCGGACAUCCCUCAGAGGUCAAGAGCCCAGCUCUGCCAGGCUUUAAUGCUUAUCCUGCUGUUAUUGGAGCAGCCAUUGGAGGCAUGCUUGUGGCAACAAUAGCCACUGUGCUGCUCUUCCUGUAUGUGGUGAGGAACCGCAACAACAUCCCACGUCUUCAUGAUUUGUUAUUUGGAAGGCAGAACAGCCAGUCCAGAGAAAACAUCAAUUUCCCUGAAGAUGAGGUUGUUGGUGGCACAGAGGGAAAGGAAGAUGAAGAACAGCCAACUCCUUCCACUAGUUCAGAGCCACCUGUGGCACUGCCACGUCCCACUGCAACGCCUACAAAUCUGCCCCCAGGGGAUGAACCAGUCAACGUCACCAUCACAGUAAUGGCCUCCAGCUAAAGCAUCAUCAUGAAAAGCUCAGGUUAUCUGUUUUAUCUGGACCAACAUCAGAACAAAAAGAUUUAUGAAAGAGCACAGUGAAAGUAGUUUUGUAUUAACAUAAUUGUGAUGUGAAGUUUACUGUCUCAUUAACAAGCCACCCUUGUUUAAUUACUUUAAGCAUCAUUAAAUGAAAAUGCUAAUUUACUUGCAAAAAGCACAUGCAGUAAAGCAAAUUGCUUUAGAUUAAAUAAAGUAAAAAAAAUGCAUGUUUGAAAAUGUUCUUCUACCAUAAAUGACUUCGAUCAUAAAGACUGCUUUAUUCGGAAAACAUUAAGAUCUACCGAGUUUUAGACUAACUAUGUAAAGAAGUGCAAACAAACUGAAAAUUUUAAUGUUUUUACUACACACAGCAAAACAUUAUUCCAAAUAAC